AUAAUUCACCAACUGAUGUUUACAUCCUUCGUACUUCAUUCAUCAAAUCCAGCGGAUGAAAAUCAUCCAACGUAUCACAUCCGUCUCCCUUCCUUCCUCCACCUCCGGAUCGCUCCCUGCGCUGCCACACCUCACCCACACGGCCACACCUCUCUCCCCUACGCCCUAAUCCCCUUCCCUCUUGCACGCCGCGCCAAUCUCCGCCGCCAGAGCGUCGUCGACCUGCGCAACAAACAUCCACGGCGGCACCGGCAACCGCUCCCUGCGCCACCUCCUGAUCGACGGGAUCGCUCCCUGCGCUGCCGCCUCCGCCGAUCACUUCCUGCGCCGCCGCACCUCACCCACAACUCUCUCCCCCACGCCCUAAUCCCCUUUCCUCUCGCACACCGCGCCGAUCUCCGCCGCCAGAGCAUCGUCGACCCGCACAACCAACGUCCAUGGUGGCAGUCCGCAAUCGACCCCUGCCACCACGCAGUUUCUGCACACUGCUACAGUUAUCAGCAACUUAAUUGUGCUUGCAAUGAUUUUGCGUGGACAGACGCUGGUGUUGAGUCCAGCGCUUUCCAUGAUGGUGGACCAAUUGAGGAAGCUCCAUGCAUUUCUUCCAGACGGCCUUCUUGCAAGCAGUCAGGACGUGUUCAGGGAAAUAAAGGUACAUUCUUCUUAAGCCCAUCCCUAUGCAAUCAAGGCCUAUGCUUCAGAGUUCUGCAGGAAGGAGCACCAAGCUCUUGAAAUUUCCCUUGUAAGAAUGAGUUUCACUCUUGUUUUGCCUUUCAAGCUUCUUGUUUAUCUCUAUAAGAAAAUAAUUUAGUACUUUUUAUAUUUAGUUCUACACUGAAUUUUGAUAUAUUUCAAGCCCAUGUUCAGACAAUAAUCUGGAUUUCAGACAAUAAUCCUGCAGUCGUACCUGUUGCAUUGUCCUCGAGCUCACGCAAGCCCCUGCACUGUAAACUGAAACUGAUGCACACCGGCUAGAAAUAGCCCAUUGAGUCAGCUAUUUCGCACACAAAUCAGCUAUUUUUAGCAUUCCCGAGGGAUACAAAGAAUGCUAGAAAUAGCUGACUCAUUUCGAUGGCUUGCAGAUAUACGUCAAGGAAAAUAAAGGGGCUGCAACUGUAGCUAGCACCGAGGCCUGGUCGGAUACCAAAAUUGAAGGGGAAAGACUUAUAUCAGUAGUACAUUUCUAAUUUCUGUGGAGCAGAUUUGCUGUGUAGUCAAAUUGAAGGGGAAAGACUUAUAUCAAAUCACUGCCGGCAUAUCAAAUUUAGUGACAUGCAUUGAUGUCGUCAUAUCAAAUUUUGACAUUUAUUAAUAUUCAUGCUUGAAUUCUUCCAGUCAUUUUGAAAUUAGAUUGCAUGUGGAACUUCCUGGUACCGCUCUUUUGAUAAUCUGAAAAUCUGUUUUGAUAUUUUUUUUUUAA